AUGCUGUUAUACACUGUGGCAGUAAUAGUGGCGUAUCUGGCGAUGGCAUCGUCCAGGGAGACCAUACGACCUAUGCCUACUAUAACAAACUCCCUGGUGAAUCUCGGCAAAAUGGAAAUCUCAUUUUAUUUCAACGGUAACGAUCGUGAUUCAUCCUCCCAACAUUACGAUCAUGUUUCAAGAUCAAUGGGACCAUUUAUAAAACCUGAACCUGUUAUUGAAGAUGCGUGUCCCUGCUCGAGCCUCCGCAAUUUUAAAGACCUCAACAAUCCUGCUGGCAUUCUUAACAAAAUUCUCAUGAGUAAUGAUUUGUUCUCCUUUAAUAGAGAACCCGUAACUUCAACCUUAUGCUGUGAAUCACACGAACACGUACAAGAUGGUACUGUUAUUUUCGAAUUCCCCAGCAACCCAAAGAAUAUGAAACCAGUGGCACGUAGUAAUACUGUACCCGUAGAAGGUAACUCAGUUCCUAUAUCAAAUAACGGUUUACCCAUGUUGCCAUUCCUAUUUGAAACCGCGAUUCCUAACAAAUCAAUGUUACCUUCUCUGAAGACAAAAUCAAUUGAAAUAUUUUUGUUCCCGAAGAAAAAAGAAAUGGGUAUUGCUAAUACAGAGAGACUGCCAUCGAAGAAGAGAGAUUUAAGUUCUAAAGAUAAUAUUCAGGUUGUAGGAGAUAAGGAUAUCAAAAAUAAUGUUAACCUGUUCAAGCCAGUUUUUCCAGUCGUGAAAAAAGAUUUGACUUUUCAAGAUAAGAACGAGAAACUAAAAGAGAAGGAACUGCAAAGAGAAAAAGCCAAGGAAAAAGAAGAAAUGGAAAAAGUAGAGGGUAACCAAAUUAUAAUAGAACCUGCAAGCAAACCUAAUGCAGUGUAA